AUGUCGAACACAUUCGAGAACAACAAGGUCUAUCCAAGCGGGCACGUUCCCAAGCACGUCGUGCAUUUGUCCAUUUGUGACGUGUACUCUCCAAAAUCAUGGGUGACCCAAGCCCUUUUCUGGCCCAUGCCAAAACACGCGACGUUUGGCCAAUGUUAUGACAUUCUCCGUCAAGGACUGAGCCGCACCCUUGCUGAGGUUCCUGCACUUGCUGGCACUACUGCCCGAACAUCCAGCAACCCCAGAGACAUUAUCGUCGACAUUGAUGAAGAUGCGCAUGUGGAAUUCGCUCGAGAAGACCUGUCGUCGUGGGAGGAGAUACCCAGCUACGAAACACUCAAAGCUGCCGGUUUCCCAAUGGCGGGCCUGGUCGAACCUUUCUCGAAGCCGGAGACACUGACAUCGAUUACCGAGGGCUCUCGCAUGUUCACAGCCAAACUAAAUCUGCUCAAGGGAGGAAUGGCCUUGUCAUUCGGAUUCAAUCAUCUCCUUGCGGAUGCAUCAACCGUUGCAGAAAUCGAGCGAAUCUGGUCGCAACAUACCGCAGAUGUCAGCUGUGGCGAGAAACGAAGUCACAGGCACAAGGUGGAGGACGAGGCCAUUCGUGCGCGACUUUCAGCUCCUGUAGCUGGCUCGGGAGAUUUUGUGGAUGCUGGAUGGAAGGUCUUUCCCACUUCCGACUCCCAGCUCAAUCUUCCGCCCGCUCCAGCUGCUACUAAGGAGCGUCGAACCACCUUCGUUGAAGCGACUAUUAAAGCGGCCCGAGACUCCCAGAAAGAUAACGAUGAUGCCGACAGGGCACACUGGGCGCUUUGGAGCUUUAGCACCGAAAGUCUUGCGAAGCUCAAGAAGGAUGCAGCGGGACCAGAUCCGACGAAAUGGAUCUCGACGAUGAAUGCCUUAAUCGGUCUUUUCUGGUCACGGCUCUCAUACGUGAAGCAAGCUAGCAAAGCUGGCCACGAGGAGUCCACGCUCCUUUUCCCGAUAAACAUUCGGAAACGGCUCCAGCCCUCGAUUGACGCAAAGUAUAUUGGCAACGCAGUCGAUAUCAUCAAUACGAGUCAUCCGCUGCGAGAACUUGAGGCACCAGACACAGGUCUUGCGAGCGCGGCGCGUUGCGUAAGGGAAGCUGUAUCUGGCUGGCAGCAAUCUAAAUGGGCCUCGUGGCUUACUAUGGCGGCAGGUCUGCCAGAUGACCAAGCGAUAUGCCCAAAUCCGUUAUGCCUGCUCGUGCCCCACAAUCUAGGCUUCAACGACUACUCAAGCUCACAGUCGAACACGCUGGACUGGGGUACUACCCUUGGCCGCAUUGAGCGGACUCGCUAUAUGAAGCCUGCAACCAGUCUGACGAAAUGCGCUAAUGCUGUGAUCGUGCAUCCACGCCUUCAUGACGGAGGACUGGAGGUUGCAACGACGUCUACGCGGUCACUCAAAGACACUCUGGAGAAGGAUGAGGUGUUCUCAAAGUACGCAACACUCGUGUGCUUUUACUCUUGAGCGUUCACUGAAACUUUCGGCGCUUUUAUUUCGGACUAAGAAUUUGUCUCUAGGUUACAAUAUGAAACUGAAUGUUUAAAAUGCU